CUGUCCCCUGUGCCAACACCCUCCGGUGAGGGGCUAUAAAAGCUGCUGGCCGCUGGCCACCGUCAGACGUGGGGAACUCCGGCCGCGCUCCUGACCUGCCACCUGACCAGCCGGGACCAUGGGGUGCUGCCCGGGGGACUGCUUCACCUGCUGCCCUCAAGAUCAAGACUGCUGUGAAGUGUGUUGCUGCCAGCCCGCCUGCUGCGGCUGCUGCGGGUCCUGCUGCGGCUGCUGCGGGUCCUGCUGCGGCUGCGGGGGCUCGGGCUGCGGGAGCUCGGGCUGCGGAGGUUGCGGGAGCGGCUGCUGCGGGAGCGACUGCUGCGGCAGCGGCUGCGGCUCGGGCUGCGGGGGCUGCGGGUCCAGCUGCUGCGGGUCCAGCUGCUGCGGCUCGUCCGGGUGCUGCGGCCCCGUCUGCUGCCAGCCCACGCCCGUUUGCGAGACGAAGUGAAGCCCCAUGUCUUCUCCGCGGAGGUGGCCCAAGCAAAGCCUGCACCUGCUGCAGGUGGGGACCCCUCGUCUCCGGGACCUUCCCCGCAUCCAAGACAGCAUCCUGCCUCCGUGUUAUUGGUAGACGAGGGCUUGUUCUCCAGCGCCUGCCCUGGUGUUUCAAGGCCCCGAGCACAAGAGCCAUAUGCUGGUGAGAGAUGGAAACUGGUUCCCAUCCAAAGUGAUCCCGAAGCUCACAGGGUGAAUCCCCAUGGCUUUAUUUUCGUGGACUCACAUGUCUUGACACUAUAAGGCAUCUUCUGACUCAAGGUGGCUUUGGGACUGACCCUUCUCCUCAGCUUUCUGCUGCUUUUUGGUGCAAAGAUUUCUUUGUUAACUUCUUAAUAAAUUCGAGCUUGCUGGCGUAACCAAAUUAGUUCUCCCGCCUCUUC